AUGCCGGCCUACACCUCGGCGCAGAAGGACGCCAUCGACCAGUUCGUGGAUUUGACCAACUCUCAGCGGACCAUAGCUUCCAAGUUCCUGAAGCAAGUAGGGUGGAACGUCGAAAGAGCCAUUGAUACUUUUUUCGGAAGCGAUAGCUCCAAUUCAGCAGUUAAGAGCUCACUCAACACCAUCUUCGACAAAUACAGAGAUGACCCGCAAGAUAACCCAGAUGGCAUCGGCAUCGACGGCGCAAUGAAAUUCCUCGGCGACAUUCAAGUGCAGCUCGACGAGGUAGCCUGUCUCGGCGUCUUCGAAAUGUGUCAAUGCCCCUCCAUGGGCGAGUUCACGCGCGAGGGUUUCACGGAUGGAUGGAAGAAGGCCCAAUGCGACAACGAAGACCGAAUGAAGGAAUAUAUCAAGUACCUCCGCACCCACAUCCCCAGUGACGCCAACCUUUUCCGGCGCGUCUACCGCUUCGCAUUCCCGCUUUCCCGUAUGCAGGGCCAGCGUAACCUGCAAUACGAAAUCGCCGUUGACCAGUGGAAGCUCUUUUUUACAUCUGACCACGGGGGUCUGCCUUGGAACACCGCCCGCACACCGUGGCUGGACUGGUGGCUGGAGUUCCUGGAGGCGCGCGGCAAGAAGCCUGUGAACAAGGACCUGUGGGAGCAAGUUGAGGUGUUUAUGCGCAAGAGCCACGAAGACGAGGAGUUCGGUUGGUGGAGUCCUGAUGGGGCUUGGCCUGGAGUGCUGGAUGACUUUGUCGACUAUGUAAAGGAGAGAAGGGGGAAGGGUUCCGAGAUGGAUGUUGAGUGA